AAAAGUGCCUGUAACCGGCGCCUGUGGCGCUAAAUAGGAUUCGCCCCUCCCUAUUCGCAAAAAAAAAAAAAAAUCCAUUGCGCUGUUUAUUUUAUUUACCAGGGUGGAUAUUUCUCUAUUUGCUUCCACCUAGUAGUGGACGGGAUCCUCUAAUAAUUGGGAAACGCAUCAUCGAAUUCUUCCGCCCAAAAAGCAGGUGCCUAUAUGGAGAAGCAGCGAAACGUCGGCUACAUAAGUUCGAUGAGGGAAGGACAACGGAGAACAAUUAUCAAGAUUCGUAAGAAAAGUUUUGUGCUUCGACGUCGUAACGAGUAUGGCACCUUCACAUGGAGUGAAGGCCGUAUGACCAGCACCACAUCGUUGUACCGUGAAAUGUCUGCUCGCGUGCGUCUAAGGUUGGCACUGGACCGGUUCUCUGAUCUCAAGAGCAGAGGGAUGCUUAGGUGGGAGGCUUAUAGAAAACAUCGCGUGAGCAUCAACACCGCAUUACGGACCAUCGGGGAGGCCAUCAUGAGAUUAAGAAAACGUCGUGUGGAGGCCGGGCUAUUCUACUUGGUGCCACAAGCAGAUAGGGCUGCGAUACAAGUCCGCACCCACUUAUUUAGUAUGCCUUUGAAAGAAGCGUUAAGGAAACGGCGACUAGAACUCAGAAAGAAGAAGCAACUCCUGGAUGCGUACAAUAAUUCUCAGAAAUCUAUCCCCUACAACAACGGGGUCUCCCUGAUGCGAGCAUCAGUAAAGAGAUUGUUGUUGUAUACUCUAACCUCUGUUGUAUUAGGUUGUGCAAUAGUACUCUUUUGAAAUAUCCAGAAAAGUCAUGAAUAAUAUUAUCAAAGUAUCUUCGAUACAUCGAUACAUUUUUUGGUCCUGCAGUUUUUUUUUGU